AUGCAAAGGCACCAAAUUGGUGGCCGAAGCAAUCGGGCCCCAAGGUCAGGCAUAAAGAACCAGAUCAUUUAUAUAAGCGAGGUACGUUGUGCCUUUUACGGAAACUCCACUGGAAGAGGAAUUUGGCUGGUUGUUGAACCAAACGCCAAACAGCACAGCAACAUUCAGAGGCUUGGCCUCAAUGUCAAGAAACUGGAAGAGUCCGCCUAUGAUGCUGUUUCACCAUUUUUUACGGACAAUGAAGCCAUUGCUAAGAAGAGGCCCUAUCUGAGCGAGAUCUUCAAACUGGCGAGGCAGGAAGAGCGCUUCAAGAGUGGUGAGAUUGGUGAGUGUAAGUUGGCAGACGAAUCCACCGAAAUAGAUGUUAUUGCCAAAGACACGGCCACCGGAAUUGACGUCUCUGAAGAUGGAGAUGCGCUUUUCGCUAACGAUGACGACGGCGGUGAAUAUGGAAACGUCCUGACUAGUGCCACACAACUCCCAGAAGUUCCAAUGCCAUUAACGAGGGCACCAACCCAAAUUUUCGGCGAAGGCCCAGACAAGGACGAGCCCUGCAUUCAAGAAACCUCUUUCAAUAGCGAUUUUUUCAGUCCGGGCAUGCUUCGAACAGAUAUGUCGUCCCAGCCAUAUCCAAUUGUUACCAGUGGCCUUGCGUUUAUAGAUCAAGAUACCGUCACAGCAUCCAACGCCGCCCUGACACUAGACGUGGCACCUAAUCCAUGUGACAAUAAUAGGCCACCGUCGCUGUCUGACAAAUAUAUUUGCCCUAGCGGUGGCAGCCAGUUCAAUCAACUUUGGCAACUAGCCGGUCAGGUUGGUCCGACGCAGUCGGGUAUGUAUGCAUACGCAUCCACAGAAGCCAACUGUUGGUUGCAGGGAUCCUAA